ACUCUGGCAACGUUUGGGUUCCUUUCGGCUCCAGCCGUUCAGCUAGCUGGUCAACUCUGUUUGUACAAUAUCAAAUGUAAUGCCCAAAAUAAGCUCAGACACGCUAUGGGAGCUGGCUGCGGCGGAGGUCCACAGUGGGGAGACUGCAGGGGGGGAGGAGGAGGAGGAGGACGGGAAACAAGAGGAUGAACCAUCUAAGCCAACUCUGGCACUUGAGUACACUUUCGGCAGACGGGCUCGAGGACACAACACACCCAAAGACAUAGCCCAUCUAUGGGAGCUGGGAGGAGGAACGUCUUUGUCAGACCUGGUCCAGAUCCCCAUCACUCCUGUCAGCAUCAGGUCUCUCUCUGUCAUCCUCAUCAUGGACCUGUCUAAACCCAACGCCCUGUGGGGAACCAUGGAGAAGCUGCUGCAGGCAGCACAAGCCCAGUUGGAAAAAGUCUCUUCCAAGGCACGACAAGCACAGAAGGCCAGACCUGGAGCCAAACACCAGACGCCUGUCCACUCAGCAGCACGCGUCUUACCUAAAGACUAUCCUGACAGAGAGUUGAUCAGUCCCUUCCCUGUUCCUCUGCUCAUCAUUGGCAGCAAAUACGACAUCUUUCAGGAAUUGGACUCUGACAAGAGGAAAGUAGUUUGUAAAACACUGCGUUUUGUUGCCCACUACUAUGCAGCCUCUCUUAUUUUCACUAGCAUCAAGUCGGAGAGCCUAAUGUCAAAAACCAAGAGCUUCUUCUCCCACCUGGCUUUUGGUCUGGACAGAGGUAAAACAAUGUCCUGUGACUCCACCAAGCCUCUCAUCAUUCCAGCAGGCUCUGACUCCUUCAGCCAAAUAGGUUCCCCUCCUACUACUGAUGUGGACAUCACUUCUCUGCACGCCAAAAACCCCAAAGACCUCUGGAAGAAAGUCUACGAGCGUGUCUUCCCCCAAGAGAGUACCAGUGAGCAGAGGGAACUAAAGGAUCCAGCCAAAGACCCACAGUACAGUGAGCCUCAGAUUGAUGCCAUGAGAGCCCAGAAAGACCAGGAGUUGGAUCAGUAUAAGAGGAAUGCAGUGAAGUCCUGGAAAGGUCUGGAGCUGGAGACAUGAGCGACAAUCAACUUUAUGGUCACACACACAUACAAUAUAGAAAAGUAUCUCACAGGUGAGGUGCUGAUCACUGGAAGUAGGAAAAAAGUGUUGCACACUCCGGCUCUAUAUGCAUUUCUCUUUUAUUCAGAUGAUGAUGUUUCUUCUGGCCUUCUUAUAAUUAUUAAUUAUUAAAGUUUUGAUUCACACACACAUACAGCACAUAGUUAUGUAAAUACAGACAAACAUUUUGCUUUAUUUAUUUCCUUUUGUGUCAUUUUUUUUUUUUUACUACUUGGUUAUUCACACAACUUGUAUAAUUAGAUAUUCUUCCUGAAACUAUUUCAAACAUAUUAAAACUAUUUGUAUGCGGAUAAUAAA